AUGGACGACUCACCACCUCCGCGCCGGUCCGGGGCUUCGCCCAGCCGCAAGGCACCCAAACCCGGGCGUUCGCGGGCCGAGUCCGAGCCGGGCGAGGAUCCGAACGCCGUGCGGCCGGGGCAAUGGGCGCAGAGGGAGGCCUACGCUGUGCGGGCGCCGCAGGAGGCCAAGCGGGCGGAGGUACAGCGAUCCCAGGAGGCCUCGGAGCGGAAGCUCCGGGAGCUCCAGGCGGCCAAGAAGGCGGCGGGCCUGGCCCACGUCAAGGCCUCCGCCGGGGCGCAGCGCCUGGGGACCGGCGCCGGCUCCCGGGAGGAUUUCCUGCGUGCCCUCGAGCGGGAUCCCAGGGUCGAAAAGGCCAAGGAGAAGCGGGCGGCGGAGGAGGAGAAAAAGCGGCAGGCGCAACUGAAGGAGGAGGAGCGGCUCAGAGCGCUGGCCGCGCGCCAGCGCGUGGACAGGGAGCAGGACCGGCGGGUGAACGAGGCCAAGGAGAGGCAUUGGCAGGUCUGGGAUGAGGCGGCGUCGGGAGCAAACCGAGGCGUAGCAGCGGCGGCGGCGUCGGGUGAUCGCUCGGGUCAGCUGGUGGGACCCUGGCGCUCCGAAGCCUCCGAGUUCGAAAUCCGACGAGUGGCCGGCGGGGAGCUCCAGUUCCGGGACCUCUGCGGGCGGGUGGGCUUCCUCGCGCGGGGCGGCGCGGGCGGCGCGGGCGGCUGGGAGGCGGCGUUGUACCAGGGAGGGGAGGAGCUGGGGCAGAUGCGCUUCGAGCUCAGCGGCCACGAACUGCUGACGCGGUUCCGCACGGCACGGGUGGCCGCUUGGGGCUCCGCCGCGCGCGCACACCGUGUGGAGGCGGACAGGCCGGCUCCAACACCGCCUGCGGCUCCUGCGGCUCCUGUGGCUCCGGCGCGUGCGGCUCCGCCCGCCUCUCUUGAGCCGCUCCGAGAGGCCGGGGACAUCCCGGGCGGCGACGGCCGUGUGGAGAAUUUCAGGGACACGCUGAUCGACGGGUGGCAGUGCCAGAGGUGCACUUUGAUCAACCACCUGGGCUCCGUCCAGUGCAAUGCCUGCGGCUGGCAGCCGCCGCCUCCGCAAAUGCCCCCGGCACCGGUGGCCCAGUUGGCGCCAAAAAUGGCCCCGCAGUCCACGAAGGAGACGUCGGAGGUGCUCGCUCCGCCGCCGCCGCCGCCGCCGGCUACAGGGCCCGAACGGCUCUUGAGGUGGCUCCAAGAGCAGGGCCUCGAGGAGUACGCUGCGGCUGUGCAGGGCGAGGGCUACGAGGACCUGCAGGACCUGCUGGAGGGGGAUGCUCGGGACAUCGACGAGAUGCUGACGCUGGUGGGCGCCAAGAAGGGCCACAUCCUGAAAUUCCGGAACGCGCUGCGCAGGACGCGGGAAGCGGAUCAGCCCUGCGUACGCUCUGCUUACCGCGUGGUGAGCACCGAGUUCUUGCCGGGGGCCUGGCGGGUCUUUGAGCUGUCCUUUCACAGCAGCCCCGAAUGCGCCGGAGGCCGCGGCGCCCGGCUGGAGGGCGGCGUUGCCUUCGGCUCCUCGGAGCUCGCGGAGGAGAGCCGCUGGGCCGCCCUGGGCUCCGAUGGGAACCGCUCCACGCGGGGAUGCCACUUUAAUGGACCCUGCUUGAUGUGGAGUGGCGAGGGGGCUUCCGCCGGACUCGCAGCGAUGGCUCUGAAGAAGCUGCUGGAAAUCGACCCCGGCCGCACCGGGCUGACCUGCAGCGUGCAUGGGGAGGAGGCGAGGUCCGAGGCGUACCUCUUCGGGGGCCACGACGGGGAGUCCCCGCUCAAGCUGGCGGAGGGCUUCCGGGCCGAGGCGGGCGACCGGGUGGCUGAGGAGGGCCGGGGGGAGUGGCGCCAGCUCCCGCCGAUGCUGGCGCGGCGCUGCUACGCCAGCGCCUGCGAGCUCGAGGGCAAGAUCUACGUGCUGGGCGGCAGCGCGGACGGGCGGACCCUGAACACCUUCGAGGCCUCGGGGCGUUCUCGCGAGCCAGGCCUACGCCAGGUCUUCGACCCUGAGAGUAGCCAGUGGCAGCAGUGGUUCGCCAAGCCCCCCAUGGGCACCAAGCGCACCAUGCUGGCCGCCGCCACUGCGGAAGGCCGCAUCUACGUGGCUGGGGGCUUCGACGGCAUCCGGGACCUCGCAUCCGCAGAGGUGUAUGAUCCCAGGACCAACGCCUGGAGCGCCGCCAUGGACCCCAUGGGGGUGGCGCGGUCCUACCACUGCCUGGUGGCCGCCAAUGGCAGCGUCUAUGCCCUGGGAGGCCAGCAACGGCAGCUGAAGACCGAGAAGCCGCGGGCGCACAGCAGUGUGGAGGCCUUUGAGCUCUACUGCGAGAGGUGGCUCCCAGUGCCGCCCAUGUCGGUGGGUCGCAUCGGCGCGGCCGCGGCGGUGAUCCGGAACGAGGAGGAAGAGCUCAUCUACGCACCUCGGCGCAAAGAUCUCGGGAUCCUGCUCCGGGUUGUUGGGGGCUCGGACGGGGAGGAGGUGCUGCGCUCGGGGGAGGUCUUCGACGUGAAACUCCAGCGCUGGGAGGAGCUGCCGCCCAUGGCCUACCCCCGGGUGGGGCACACUGCCUUCGCGCUGAAGGGGCGGCUCUAUGUGCUCGGCGGGAUCGACGGCAAGGAGACCGGGGGGGGGGGGGGGCGAUGGUUGCCAUGGAUGCCACAGCCCCUAAAAACCAAUACCCAAAAAGAAGCAGGUUGCAAAAUAGGCCCUGCGUGCCCACCAUACGGGGUCGAGGGGGGGAGGGACCCGGUGGAGUAUGAGGGUGUGUCCAUCACCCUGGAAUGGAUGAGGUUGUGUGUUGUGAAGCAACCGGUGUUUUUUUGGGGUGUUUCCAAGUGCAGCUUUGCCUGGGGCUCACCAGAAGGAUGA